UCCACCGCACCAACAUACCCAUACCCGCCCCACAAUGGUUACGAUGCGAGCGCCGCAUCCCUCGACAGCAACGAUAGCGACGACCGCGACCCAACACACAAAGGCGGCGGCCUGCCGUCCAAGGAGGCCAACGGCUGGGAGCGGGGCAGGCCCGCCGUCGCUGCUGUUGAUAUCCGCGCCGUGAACCGCACCCCGAGUCCGACCCCGGAGGAGGCAAAGGAGCUCGCGAAGACCAGCGUGAUCGACUGGAAAGCUAUGAUGAAGUGGAGCUACUGGUUACGGAAAGAAUGGAUAUGGUACUACUUCGCGUUUGCUAUCGGCUUGGCAGGCGUUAUCCUCUUCACCGUCUACCACAAGCAGAUUGUCGCCUGGCUCAGGCCUGCCGCGGACUGGAUGCACAAUCUCCCGUUCGGCUGGACAAUACCAAUAGGUGUCUUAUUCGUGAUCUCCUUCCCCCCGCUAUUCGGCCAUGAAAUCGUCGCUAUCCUCUGCGGUCUCGUCUGGGGCCUCUUCCCCGGCUUCGGAAUCGUUGCCGCAGGCACCUUCAUCGGCGAAGUCGGCAACUUCUACGCGUUCAAGUAUUGUUGCGCGGCGCGCGGAGAGAAGCUCGAGAAGAACAAGCUGUCGUAUGCGUGCCUCGCGCGCGUCGUGCGCGAGGGCGGCUUCAAGAUUGCCCUUAUUGCGCGUCUAAGUGCCAUCCCCGGACAUUUCACGACCGCGGUAUUCUCGACGUGCGGUAUGGGCAUCUGGACGUUCUCGAUCGCAGCCAUUCUCUCGCUCCCGAAGCAGUUCAUCACCGUCUACCUCGGUGUUGCGCUCGAGCAGUCUGAGGACGGGCAAUCGAAUACGCGGGACACGAUCAUCAAGGACGUCGUGCUGGGAGCGACAACGCUGAUCACCUUCGGCGCGAUGUGGUACAUCUACCACAAGAUGAACCAGGCGAAGCCGCGCGUCAUCUACGAUCGCCGCAAGGCUCGGCAAGCUAAGCUCGCGAUGGCCGGUGCCCCCGGAAUGCCCUAUUCCGCCACUAACCCUGCCAUUCUGGAGUCGACCGCGACCGUCUUCAACCCGAACGCCUCCGACGCGGAAAUCCCGCUCACUGCUGCCGCCCAGUCCUUCGGCCGCCCGUCUUACCAGCAGUGGGACGGGCAAGGGCGCGCCGUCUACGCGCCGCAGCCGCACCGAGCGACCCCGCAACGCCAGCUCACAGGCGAGGGCUACCCGAUGAGCGAGCGCCCGCCGCCGCAACAGCAACAGCAGCCCUACGGACACCAGCAACAGCAGCAGCGCACAAGUCCACUCCCGCCCGGGGCGGGAUACCCAUACCCGCAGUCAUACUCAGGCUCAGGCUCUGGGUACCAGGACCCCUUCUCAGACAGCGCGCGCGUGCAGCCGCAACAGGCCGUGUCGUACCAACGCCAGGCGCCCCCGCGCGGCUACGGCUCGCCGCCGCCCGAAGCGUUUUCGCGCCAGAACCCGCCGCAAGCACAGACACAUCGGCCCUCGCAGUCCCAGGCCGCGCAGCCCCAAUACCGCCAGCGCAGCUCAAGUCCGCCGCCCCCAGCGCUCCGGCCCCCACCCGCGUCCGCCCCGGGGACCCCGACGCAGGGCGCGUACUUCCAGGCAGCGCGCGACGCGCCGCCCAUGCCGAGUGCGCCCCCGGCCCUCGCGAUCGAGGACCCGUUCGGGGACCCGCAACCCAUGCCGAACCCGUACGAGAAGAGCGGGCAUGCCGCGGAGGCGACGGACGCGACGUUCUACACGGCGCACGGCGGACAUUCGCGCGACGUAUCGGCGGAGGACGCGUACGAGAGCAGCGCGGUGCACACGACGGACCCGGUUGUGCGCGAGAAGGGCGCGCCGCCGGCGUACUUCUGAGGGGCGCGUGCAGACUGAUCAUGGAUUUUCACUUCGGGGCUCGGAUUGUUGCUUGCCGCCAGGGCAUUUGGACUGACUCGCUACGUAGCCCUUGGGUAGGUAAGACCCUCCCGCACACCACCGCCGCUGCCACUGCGGCGUGCCCCUCCCCUCGUUUACACUCACUACCACCUCCCGCCCUCCUCUCCUCUCCUCCUCUUCCGCCAUCUCCCAGACCCUCUACCCACUACCUUACCCCGCAGCCCGCCCCGCCCACUCCCACUCGCGCGGGUCGUAUAUAUUCCCCGCCCCAGGCUCGCAGCACGGACUCGUACGCACGCCCGCCCGCCCGCACAUGCAUCUACAUCUGGAUUGAAGCUUCC